AUGUCCGUGUUCAUGGAAGUGUUCAACCACCUUGUUUUACCACCACAGCUUCCUAGCAAACAGGACACCAACAUUGAAAGCACUGGUGAUGCCAUCAUCGCUCGACUCAUUCAUGCUACAUUUACUCUGAGCCGACUCGUUAGCCAAGAAAAGACAUUUCCCUGGUAUGCGACUCGUCAGUACCUUCGUCGCUAUCAAUCUCUCCAUGUACAUGGUCGGCUCGAGAAGCUGUCACUAAUCUCGAAAUUUCGCAACUUCGAUCAGGAGCAACCACUUCUCCUGCAUAUCGCAGAACAGAACGCCGCGCUUAUCGUUCGUUACAAUGUCAGUACUCAAACAGAAGCUGUCAUAUUCGAAGCUUUCGAGAUAUCGCCCCCAUCUGCCGAGGUUCUGGCUAGCGAAGGCACCCUUAUCUGCGAUUUCCCCGACUGCUCGGCGCAGAUACCACUCAAUGAGUUUCGAAAGCCGUCAUUCCAACACGCACUAGCCGAAUUCCUGGAAAAAGGCAGCAUAGAGCCCUUGAGAUGCUUCCAGACGUUCGUGACAAAAGCGCAAACCCCGAUCGUCGAAUCGCGUGAUACGGGAAGUCCGGGGCUUGUAACGCACCUUCUCAUACCCUUGCUCGAGUCUAUUGGGUCACCAGUAGACGAAGACGUUCCUCGCUUGAGGAAACGGGUUCGUGAUGAUGCGAAUAUCGAGGCUACAGAACUCCCGUGGCGGAGAUUGCCUCUCUGGAUUGCAAUACGCGUGGGGAUCCAGAGACAGCUACAACUCUCGCUAGGAAACGGGGCUGGAAGAGCUUGCUACAAGUUCUUGAUCACCACUCUGCUUGUUGAGCUUCUGCUCGAGUGCCCGGGAAGACUGGCACCUGAGCUGACGAUGAUCCUGCGAGCCAAAAUCUGUUGUCGCCUUGCAAAACUCGAGCAAGAGAAGAAUAGAUCAUUGGAAGUGCACGGCCAGCUAUCCAACGCUACUACAGCCUUCUUCGAGGAGAGUAUCACGCAAGUCACCCAGCUGGUGAAUUUAGCUUGGGAGAAAUUCAAGCGAGACACGACACGGCCUGUUCCCCAGCUCCCCACACGUGCUGAUCAGCAAGCCCAAUUCCUGUCUCUUCCCAACAGUGGAUCAUACCUCCAAAGUGUCCUGGAAUCACGUCGCUCACAGAAGAGAACCUCCCCAUCUUUGCGGCUUCCAUCACUACACGGUACCACGAUUGAGCAAGUUGAGCAGUUUACAGACAAGUACCAUCGAUUGACUGAAUUGGAGAGCAAGAUCGAAAGAAGGGAAGAACCUCAGUUAACUGAAGAUCUUACUCUCGAGUCAUUUUGCGAAAAGCUAGCAGGUGCAAUACUCGAUCUCAUGAACAGUGUUGGGGCAAUGUACGACUCCGACCCUGAGCAAAUGUCCAUCUUCAUUCUGAGCCUUUUUGGACUUUGGGUGAGGCUGGACAAGUACAUGGCCAAGAUCUGCCCUAUGAUCCUGGAGUACCACCCAGUGUUUACUCCUGAGCUUCUAGAUGCUCUGCAUCUACCGACCGCCGCGGGAAUGCGGCGACUCCGUGACAUCCAGAGUCAUCUUCACAGUAGAUGCGAGGGAUGCAAGCAUCAGACGACCAUAUUUUCUAAGCCCAAGAAAGAGAGCUUUGUUGUGAGAUAUGUUUCGACCUCUAGCUCAAUGCAGCAACUGCACCGAAGGAUACAAAUCGCAUCGGAGGCAUCUCGCCGGGCGAAGACGUCAGAGUUGGAGGCAUGGUGGUCUGAGUUUGACAAUCAUUCUUUGGGCAUCUCUGGAGGCACAUGUACCUGCACGUUCAAACGUGAUGGGACGCGAGACGUAAGGGGAUGUACCAAAUGCUGGCACUGGCGAACUCGAAACCGCAUGCAGAUCUAUGCGCACGAGGACUUCCUUCCUAGCGAUGCGAUCAAAGCAGCAGCAGUCAUCUUCGAGUUGGACAUGCCAAAGUCUUUUGCCGCGUAUCGCAAUGCAACGUGGAAGAUCUUCAUGAUGGCGUACCCUACCAAACCGCAGUCCGGAUCGCCCACAAAACUCUUGGGAGACUACGACCCGCUUAGAGCGUAUGCGUCGGGACACUCCACCGGUAUCACUAUUGCAUCAACAUCUAAAUCAUUCCGUGGCACGCACUACAAGGUCAGUAAGAAGAAGAUGAAGGCAUCUGAAUCCGAUGUACUUUAUCCCAAUGGAUUGAACUUCUCCUACUUCGACAUGGUUUCGAAUACCUGGGUCAAGGACUUCGACAAACCAUUGACCUUCGAACAUGAGUGCGGAGUACAUGUGCCGCUUGGGCUCCGAAGCUCCGUGAUACCAAGCUCGUUGCACCCUCCCACGGCGACAACUGGGCCAUCUUCAUAUGAAAUCGUCGCAUCGGAAACGCAGUGUCCAUUUAGCUUGUCGGUACAUGAGUUCACGGCUUGCCAGCGACUGCUUUCAGGCAAGAAUCGUCGAUGGCUGACGAUGUUGGUCGAACUAGGCGCAUCGAAUAUGAACUUCAGCAACGAGAGUACAAUGCACAUGUUCAAUCACCUUGCCACUCAAGCUGGGCCGGCAAAGAGUAACUAUGAUACAUUCGGCGACAUUCAUGCGGUAUUCAAGGAUAUGUCAUUUUGUGACUGCCUGGCCGCACAAGUAGAAAAACGCCUGAGUGACAUUACUUCAAACUGGCGUGAGGUUCACUGUAUGGAGGUUAUGAUUACGUUGAGUCUGCGCCUUUAUGACUUGGCAGCCCCCAUGACGCGAGCAAAUGGUCUCUUGGUUCAGGCACGUUGCAUCACCUUGGCUUGGGUUACACGUCUCCGAGCCGAUGUUAGAAAUGCCAAAGAAACGUCCAUCGCGGAAACAGCCGCAAGGUAUGCUUUUUGGGCGGCACUGCUCUGCCGUAGGACAUUCUCCAACAUCACAAAGUCCGACGCUGCCAUGUCAGAGAAUGAUCUGUCAACAUUUGUCCAGGCGUCAUUGGCUCUUCAAGAAAACCUCCUUGUGGAUGUGGCCAAGCUGCCGCCAGUCCUGAAGAGGAUAUUGAUUCGAGAUACCAAGACAACGUACAAGAUCAGAUCGCUCUUACUACGGUCCAUAAGAGCCCAUCCUCGAAGUAUCGGCAUGGCUAUCAACGCAUCAUGGUCAGAACCGGGAGGUUCAGCUGAGAAAUCUUUCCAUAACUGGCAGCAAGUCUCACCCAUACAUGAUCGAUGGGUAGUAAGUUUUAUGCAGGCUUCGAUGAAGGACCAAGCAAACACGCAAGUAGUUCACUACAACUUCAUGGAGGGUCACUUACUCGUCGAUGGAAAGCCCUUAGGAAGACUUCCACGCGAUAUUCGAGAGUCAGAUGAGGUGAGAGAGCUCUUUGGUGACCGAAAUCUUCUCACCUUUCCGUCUGCUGCGUUCGGCAUGUCGUAUGUUCUCGCAUCGCGGAUAAGCAACCAUGAGAUACAUUUUGGAUCUCGUAACGGGCGCAUCAUCGUCCGCGCUUGGACUCGGGACGAGCUGCUGGAAUAUAUUCCGUCUUACCUUUUCGUCGGGCCCGAGACUGCGGACCUUCCUGAUGGACUCAUCUCCAAUUGUGCGCAUUGGUUGAAUCUGAACACAAGAUGUCUUGAGAUCCGACGCAAGCCUGUUCUGUGGAAGACAAGGAUGAGCGACUGGAGGAUUGACCUUAUCAAACGGCAGGCUCAUCGAAGCAACCGAACGUUAUUGAUCGAUCCUAAUUCUCACCUCUCCAAGCAAGUUGCAGAUCUCUUUCGUCACUUUGAAGAUUCACGCAAGAUUACCAUCUUUCAGCCUUUCAACUCAAGGGGAAGGCUAUCUGUCGAGCUACGCCAUUUGGAACUGUCGUUCUUCGUGAACUCAAAAGGGCUUCUCCAGUGCCGAGAGUUGAAUGAAGAGAUCGAUCCCGAUCAAGACGCUGGCACAUUGUACGGUUUCGACAGCAAGAUUGUACUGCGUGACGUCGCAAACAGUAAGCGUCGUAGCGUAAUCAUGCCGUGCGGACCAAUAUCAUCUGUACGCCGUGGAAUGCACGUGGCUGUCCGAGCGGCUGGUAGCACCGAUUACGCAAAAUUUGGAAUCGACGAUGUACUUGGACGCUUGUCAUGCCCUUUCGAGCCGCGGCUUUUGUACGCAAAAGCCCAGUUCCAUGCAUAUACAUCAUUCGUCAUACCCGAUCCAUUGACUGGCCGUACCGGCACCGAGGAAGCGUUGCACAUGCUCCAGUCGGGUCAUUGCCAACCAUGGGAACCUCCAAAGCGAGAGUACUAUCCGCAGCACAAGCAAGCACUGCAAACAGUUUCCUGGAAUACAAGGCUUACCAUGACCGUUCAGCAUGAUGCAUACGAAGGGCUUGUGCAGAAGAUACUCGAGAAGUCGGACCGCCUGCGGCUCUUUGUUCAAAAUGCAGCUGAGGAUGUAAUCAAUGCAUACAUCCCAUCUCACCUUAGGGAACGGGGUCUUGCGCAGCGCCGCCUUUAUGAGCGCAAUUUCGACGGCACGACUCAAACGGCAGCUAGUGGUCGGAUGUACAAAUCCCGUGGCCAGCAAGCUGAUUCGGUACAAGCACGCAACGUUUAUCACAUUGCGAACCUGUUCCGGAAGAAACCCUUCCAGAUUUACACACAUAGAGAGCUUUCUGCAAUAUUGCAGGAUUGGCAGCUUAUCGGCGGGUUCCAUAAGGUACGUCAGACCGACGCCGCGAGUCUAAGCGACCUGGUGGAGAAGAGCGUCAAUGAACAAUGGGGCGGUCUUGUAAAUAUCUGUCGCCACUCCAAUCUUGAUCAGCCCUACAGCUUGAUGUUCCGCCUGAGUGUUAUGUCGCUCAAUCCCACAACUGACCUAAACACCAUCAAGAUCCUGGCAGCGUUUGCGUCUCUGCCGACGUUGAGAAACUCAAUACCUCCAUCCUGUCCCUCAUUCAGCCAGUUCAAGCUUAACGAAUUGCCUGGCAUACAAUCCAUCUUUCGUGUAAUCUCUGUCGACUUACCGGAGAAGCGUCAGCGAAUGCAGACAAAGGCUGAAGCAGAGCAUCGAAAAGCAUGUGAAGCUGAGGGGAAACGAUUAGCGCAACACUUCCUUGAUCAAUGGCCACACAAGAAAGUUACUCUGAACGGGUUCGAUUCGGAUAUCCUUGAUGUAGGGCUCGCAAUGGAGCGUGUCGUGCCUGAGUGGGAGCGCUUGCAUUCGAACCUAUCCCUCUCAGAGUACAUAACUCAUGUGCAGGACGUCUUAAUACAUCACAAGGGAAGGAGUGAUACGUCACGUCCUGAGGCUUGGAAGUGGGAACAAGAACCAUUUUCUGGGAAAACUUAUGAUCCUGUCGUACCAUCGAUCUCGAAAGAUCUUCUUCGUAAAUCGCUAGCAGUACCUUUCGGACCCCGGGCGUGCGAGCUGCUACUGCCUAGAGACAGUAAACUUCCUACCGGUAUGGAGGAGAACACGAGAGCAAAGAUGUCAGGCAAGGAGACCGUUGAGCUACGGCAGAUCCUUUCGGUUUUCGCGCAGGCAUCCAACCCUCUCCGCCAACAGUAUGGACUUGAUCUAAAGAUGAGUCUUGACGCCCUGGAGAGAACCAGUAAUCAGACUCAAGUUUCGCAUACUACCCCAGAUAUCACAGUCAACGCAAAACGCAUCCAAGAUCUUUGUACGAUGGUAGCCACUCACUUGUCUCAGAUUCACGAAGCUCUAUCCAAAAAUGACGACCGCUUCUCAUGGCUACACCUUGGAAACCUCUGGCCUUGCACAACGUCGAUCGCGCUUUUGGAGCAACUGCGCUCGAGCUCGUCUUGCAAGUUCGGGGAGUUCGUACAAGAGGCGAUUGUGGCACAUGGUAUCCUCAUCACGAAGUUGCAGCGACUGACACGGAUCCACAACGCGCUGUAUCAUGGUAAGGUCAAGGAUCUUCAAGAAGAACUUGGAAACUUUGGCCAUGAGAGUUGGAGUCCACUAGAAUGGCCGGAUUGGCUUCUCUUAGAGAUUGAUAGUGACAUUCUAAUCCGACAGGAGCAGGUCGAUGUUGCACAUGCAAUCAUUGCACCAGAAUCGAGAUACAACACGGUGUUGCAGUUGAACAUGGGUAAAGGCAAGACGUCGUGUAUUGUUCCGAUGGCAAUAGCGUCGAUAGGAGACGGCAAGCAGCUUUCGCGUCUCAUCGUACCUAAGCCAUUGCUUUUACCGACUGCGCAGAUGAUUCAGUCGCGACUGGGCGGCUUGGUCGGUCGCGAGAUACGACACAUUCCCUUCUCCCGCAAAACCAACAUCAACCCGCAAACACUUCAGCUCUAUAGAGACCUCCAUCGGGAAAUGUUAGAUAGUCGGGGUGUUAUGUUGAUUGCGCCUGAACACCUUCUCUCCUACAAGCUUAGUGGCCUUCAACAUCUUGCCAGCUCCAACUUGGAGACUGCACGCGAAAUGCUUGAGUUUCAGGCAUACCUAAGCUCGAUUUCUCGGGACAUCCUGGACGAAUCGGAUGUUUCAUUGGCGGUAAAGACCCAACUCAUCUACCCGAGCGGCAAGCAGACUACCGUGGAUGGACACCCGCACCGCUGGAAAGUAGCGCAAUCGCUGUUAUCACUGGUGAAAGAUCAUCUUCCAGAGCUUGGGCGGAAAUUUCCGCGCAACAUCGAAGUCCUAGAGCGCGGCCAGGGUUAUCCGAUGAUAUACAUCCUUCAAGCAGAUGUGGAGGAGGAUCUGCACCGACGCAUAGUUGAUGAGAUCUGUACAGGAAGGACGUCAUUUCUUCGCUUCGCAGACUGUACUUCGGAUAGCUGGAACGCAAACUUGCGUAGAGUGCUCCUCGAAAAGAACUUGGACAGGAAGUUGUUGGAACGUGUGGCUAAAUUGUUCACUGACGAGAACAUUGCACUCAAAACACUAUUGCUUGUUCGGGGUCUAUUGCGCGAUCGAAUACUGCUGUUUUGUCUCAGAAAGCGUUGGAACGUACAGUAUGGGCUGCACCCUAAGCGAGAUCCGAUGGCUGUGCCCUUUGAAGCAAAAGGCAUUCCUUCCGAGCAGGCAGAGUUUGGACACCCUGACGCUGCGAUUCUUCUCACCUGCCUGGCUUUCUAUUACACUGGUCUCAGCCCAGUUCAAUUCCGCGAAGCUCUUCGUCAUAUUCUCGCGUCACAUGACCCUGCUAGCGAGUACGACAGGUGGACUAGCAGUUGCGAUUCGCUUCCGGAGGCUCUGCAUCAUUGGAACGUUAUCAAUUCCGACGACCAUGAUCAGGUGGAGGAACUCUGGAGGCAUCUUCGAACGAACAGCAUCGUGCUCGAUCACUACAUGAAUCACUUUGUAUUUCCCGCGCACGCCAAACAGUUCGACAUCAAGCUACAGGCCUCUGGAUGGGAUCUCCCCUUGUUCUCGCGGACAGAAUCCGAGAAGACACUCACACGUGCAAGGACUACUGGUUUUAGCGGUACCAACGAUAACAAAAUGAUGCUGCCGCUCACCAUCCAGCAGAGCGAUCUGCCAAGUUUGCAUCAGACUAACGCUGAGGUGCUCACCUACCUAUUGCAAGAACGAAACCGUGGAUACCAUAUCGUAGCUCAUGCCGGAAGGCGAUUGUCAGAGACAGGAUUCCUUAGACAACUCAGGGACAAGAAGAUCCGCAUUCUCAUCGACGCCGGUGCCUACGUACUCGAGAUGAGUAACGAAGAUUUGGUCAAGGCAUGGAUGGAGAUAGAUACUGAGCCACCGGCAGCUGUGUAUUUUGGCGCUGAUAAUCGAGCCUGGGUACGAUAUCGUGGUACUAAGGCGCGAGUCCCUUUGCUAGCAACCCCAUUCGUCGACAAUCUAGACAAUUGUCUCGUGUACCUGGAUGAAGCGCACACGCGAGGCAUAGAUCUGAAACUGCCUCAAUAUGCCUGCGGUGCGCUGACGCUUGCUCUUGGGCAGACCAAGGAUCAUACUGUGCAAGCUGCCAUGCGCCUUCGGCAGCUUGCAACUACUCAAUCUAUCUGCUUCUUUGCCUUUCCAGAGACACACCAGUCCAUUCUUGACGUCUGUGGAAUGAACGAAAACGACAAAGUCGACUCUUCUCAUGUCGUUCAUUGGUUGUUGGAACAGACAUGCCGUACGAAUGAACAGCUCCAAAAUCUCUACAUCUCUCAGGGUACUGACUUUUGUAAUCGCAUGAAUGCGGAAUGGGAGAACGCAGCUUUUCUCUUCAACGCUCAAGACAGGAUUGCAUAUGUUAAGGUGCUCCAACACCCUGAGCAACAAACACUUGAGCAGUUAUAUGGAGGCCGCACGGAAGAAACCCACAGCCUAUCCCCUCUUACGAAAAUGUUCCCGCGGCUCGAAAGUUUCAAGAACAAGCUCAACCACCUGCGUCUGAGUACGGCAAAGACCGCAAGCCUCCUUCUCUCCUCUGCGCUGGAGGAGGUAGAACAGGAACGCGAGGUGGAAUUCCAAGUUGAAGAAGUGCGUGAAGUGCAGAAAGCCUUACACUAUGAAGCUCAUGAGUUCCCUGGACUUCAUCCUGCCAUCUCUGGCUUUGUGAGUACUGGUCGUCUGUGUGGAGACAUGGGAUAUGAACACGUGUUUGAUGCUGUUUCACGCACGUCUAUCGGCGAGAGGUUUGACAUCGUAGGAACAGAAUCUUGCUUGUUUGUUUCGGUGGAGUUCAUGAAGACAAUCAAGACGAACAAGGGUGGCUCGAUUGAUAACUUUCUGCGUCCCGUCGAAUGGAUUCUUUACAACCCCAUCACCUUCAACGCACUCAUAAUCAUCGCCGAGGAAACAGAGAUUGUGAUUCCUCAACUUCGCACUCAAGCAUCCCCUCCCAAAGUCCACCUCCUCACGUAUUCAGCACCAGCCACAAAGAAGAUGCUACCAUUCAGUGGUCUACGAUACUACUCUCUGCCAGCACUUCAGGGCGGACACAUCAUUCCGCAAAGCCUUAUCAUUGAACUCGGUAUCUUCGCGGGCCGGUUGUACAUGGAAUACGAGGAAUGUGUGUCUCUAGUGAAGUACAUCGAUAGUGCCAGCCUGAAUAGGCCAUCCGAUGCAACAACGACUGAAACAAUCAGCUUUAUCCUGGAGUGGAGUUCCCUUCGUCGCAGGGGUCAGGAUAUUAUGCACACUCCGCUUGGCUACGUGUGCCGGGGUCGUCCGUUGGGUAUCGAGCAUGCGUUCUUCGCGACCAACCAUGCUGUUGAUACUGGUGUAGUCGAAUCAUACCGCACUAAUGGAGCUGUCACUCAGGCGCAAGAGGAUGAAGACGAAGACGAGGACGAAAAACGGUAUGAUGUGGAAGAGAGCUAG